CUGGCAGGUCCUGGUUUGUGGAGCCACAGUGAGCAGCCAGCCCAGUUCCCCUCCCCCAAUGCAGGCCUUCACUCAGAGCUCUGACUCCGUUCCUUGGCAACAUUCUGAGGAAUCCAGUGGUUGCACACAGGCUCCCUUCCUUUCCCCUCCUACUGCCUGCCUGCAGGGGGCCGGGAGACGGAGGCAGAGGCAGCGAUCUUCAUUAUAAAAAGCGAGAGCUUAGGCAGAGCCCAGACAGCACGCGAGAGGAUAGCACUGAGCUUGGCCGCUGGCCCUGGCCGCCUUCCCCGGCCUUACCUGGAUCCCCAGCCGGACUCCCGCCCGCCCUCAGCCAUGGCUCCUCCACCUCUCUCCUGGCUGCUCCGCUUGGCUGUCCUCUGCCAUCUGACCAUGCUGCUGGCGGGACACCACGGUGUGAAGAAAUGCAAGACCGCGUGCAACAAGAUGACUUCACCUAUCCCCCAGGAGCGUCUAAUUAGCUAUCAACGAAAUGAAGCAUCUUGCGGCAAACCUGCCAUAAUCUUGGAAACCAUCAGGAACAGAUUCUUCUGUGCUGACCCAGAGGCAGAAUGGGUCCGGGAAGCCAUGAAGUAUCUAGACAGCAAAGAUACUUCUGGUCCCAGGCACACUAACGAUACAAUGGCGCCUGGCAUAGCGGCGAAGAUAAUGGGGGACCCCAGGACCACCAUGGCUGCGGUCUUGGAGCCCAAAGCUACAGGGGAAAGCAGUAACCAGGAGACACAGAAGGCUUUGGGGACUUCCUCAGAGCUGCCAACGGGAGCGGCUGGUUCCUGGAGAUCCAUGUCCCCCACUGCUUCCAAGGCUCCUAAGGGACAGCCUCCAGCUGGGCCUGAGACAACCAAGCUUUACAACUCGGCUGCCGUCACCACCACCACAUCUCAGCAGAGUUCUGCUGCCUACCAACCUGGGUUGACCCUCCCCUCCCAGGCCCCCUCCACCCAAGCCCCCUCCACCCAAACCCUCCCCACCCAGGUCCCCUCCACCCAGGCCCCCAUCAUUUUACACACAGCCCCAGAGGACAGUACUGGGCCUGAAGGCCAAGAUGUGUGGACUGGAAGACAGAAUCCCAUGCCAGAGAGCUCUGUAGAGCCCAAGGAAAUGGGUCCCAGUGCAGCUCACCCGGAUGCUUUCAGGGGGCCCAGCAGCAUGCCCCAUGUCUCCAUAGUCCCUGUCUCCUGUGAAGGGGCCUCCUCCAGUAGGGAGUUAGUGGCCUCAGGCAGCUGGGCCCCCAAGGACGAGGACCCUCAGAGGCCGGAUGUCCCUGACUCCCAGGCGGCCACCAGGAGGCAAGCAGUAGGGCUAUUGGCGUUCCUUGGCCUCCUUUUCUGCGUGGGGGUGGCCAUGUUUGCCUACCAGAGCCUGCAGGCCUGCCAUCUUGCGGGGGACAUGGUGGAAGGGCUUCGCUUUAUCCCCCGAAACUGUGGCAGUAACUCGUAUGUCCUGGUGCCAGUGUGAGAUGCCCAUGUGCCUGUUUCCAAAUAUUCAACUCAACAGCUGUCUGGGGUCCCCCAUCCUCACUCCCACCCUCACCCAAGGGCCUGGCCUGAGCUGGGAUGAUCGAAGCUGGGAGGCAGGAUCCUCCGGGUGAGACUGACAUCAGCUCCUGGCCAUACCCCUUUGACCAUCCUUGACCUACUGGAGACAGAAGGGGUGGCCUCCGCAACCCAGCUCAAUCUCCCUAAGUCAGAAAACUCUCUACUGCUGCUUUGCCAUGGUUAGAGGUUCCCUUUGCCACUGUCCCAGCCCCAGUGAAUAAUUAUUUAUUGAAAGCCCAGCUCUUCUGGCCCACGUCCCCAUGUGGGUACCUCCGUCAACCCAUCUCACAAAUGAGCCUCAGGCCAGACCUCUUCCGCCCACACCCUCCAACCUCAUCAUGUCUCUUGGUUCCGCUGCAGUUGCCAGCCACCCCGGCCACCUGCGGUGCUAUCUCUUCUGUCCCCUGUACAGACCCAAUGCCCCAGUCGGGGACCUGUCUUUUCUUGCAUGAGGCUAGCGUGGUGUUUCCUGGCACCGCUCCCAGCAAAUGUUCUGCCCUCAGUUAGGCAUCAUGGGAAGGGGAGAUGAAGUUACCCAGUGACUUUGGUUGUUUUCCCUCCUCUGUGUUGCGCAGUGAAGGAACAUAGACUCUGAGCAUGAAGGCUGGGGUUCUAGUCCCAAGUCCACCACCAACUUGACAAGGCAUUCAUAUCUCUGGUUUCCCAUCUGUGAAAGAAAAGAGGGAUGGCAAAUAUGUGGCAAUAACCUAGACCCCUGACGAGCAUCACCAGUGGGUCCAGAGAGCCCUGUCCCCAGACCCUGGGUGCAGCCUCACAACCUUUAUCAGCAGAGCGUCUUAGCGAGUCUCCACUAAUGGAUGACACUGGCAAAUCCGUGGGCCCUGUGGCCUGGAGGGCCUGCAAGAGAGAUCUGAUAGCACAGUCCUGCCCUGAGGGGGGGAGUCAGUACCACAGCCGCAGUAGUGGGACAGGGCCUGGGUACUUCGAGGCAGACACCAAUUCCAAAGGCCCUUCCCUGACUUUGAGAACAGCCCCUCUCUGUGUCCACCAGGCUUACAGGGACACUGAGACAGCUGGGUGUCAUGUGACAAGCUGAAGGAGGAGGGAUGGCCUGCAGGCUCCCUGGAAGGGAAGUCACUUCACAAAAAGAGCCAGGAAGAAGCCGCAGGAAGCUGUCACACUCAGGUCCAGCAUUUGCUCUUUCUUUCCUGUGGCCUGGGUUCCCCAUCCAUCUCUCUGACCCCAGAAAACAUUGUUCUCUGCACUACAAAAUCUCCCCUCGCCUUUACCCCAAUUGCAGGCAGGGCCAGAUGAGAUCAGAAUCCAGCAAUGAUGUUCCUGUGCUUAUUUCUGAAAGGGACUCUGUUCUGGGGCGAGGGACCCUUGAGAGAAGGGAAGUUAUGGGCGUGAAGUAGAGGGUCCUUUUGGCCCCUGAGGACUCAAGCAGGCCUGGGUGGGGCUGGAGGCUCACUGUCAGAGCGAGAUCUGCAAGCCUCACCCCUCUGGGUUCCAGGUGGCAGCUCCCCACCUCAUCUGAUUGUCUCCAAGGUUGACCCUUGCCCUCACCUGAGAAGCCUUCAAUGGCCUGGGCUUCCUCCAGGUAGAGGUGACACAUUCCUUCAUAGAGAAAUACUCAGAGGAAGGAAACAUAGCUCUGGUCCACAGAGAGAGGACUGGGACCUCCUGCGCCCUCCUGCGGGGCAUGGCACCCCGUGUUUGGGCCUGGCUCCAGAUGGGGGGCACUCUGACAGCUCAGAGAGGAGGACAGCAGGUCUCAAUGCACUUUUUCAGGCUCCUCUCACCUGGGAGCCUUCAAGUAGUGGGGCACCCAUGAUGGGGCUCCCCUCCUUUGUGAGAAAGCAGCUGGGGCAGCUGGCCCUCUGCUCACGGACUUGGUUAGUUCUUCCAAGCAGGACACGGACGAGGACAAUUUGGGGAGGACUUUAGAAAGAGGUGAUCGAUCCUUUUGUUUUCCCAGCCCUAUCACCAAUGUCUGUGCAUUUUGUAUUUUAGUAAUAAAAUUGAAAAGUCUUGUGAAUCAA